AGUGACUGAGGGCCAGCAAUGAAGCUCCCUAACCUGCGAUUCCCUGCUGAGCAACUGCCGUCUUAACACAGAGCAGGUCCACAGAAUGCUGAGUCCCAUUGUCCCCUAUAGCCUGUUGAAGAUGCACUGGACUCCGGAGCAUGCCCAGCCCCUCAGCCAGUGGCCUGAGCAGCACCUUGACGUAUCCUCCACGACCUCCUCGCCAGCCCACAAGCCUGAGCUCUACCCCAGCCGGGGCCGUGGCUACAGCUACGCCUGGGCCAACGACGACAUCUCCGCACUCACCGCAUCCAACCUACUAAAGCGUUACGCGGAGAAGUACUCCAGUCCCCUGGACUCACCCUAUGAUCGUCCUCCUGUAGGGGUCUACCCCGAUCCAGCAGCCUUUGGGAGCUUGAGUGGGCAGAAGGGUGAGCUGGAACCCUGGUCCCUGGCACACAGUACGGAGGGUGCCUUCCCGCUGGUCACGCACUCCACUCACGAAGGCAUCGCUGGGACCAAAUCGGUGACCUCAUCAGCAACGCUCCCAGGUGGGGCUGGAGGUCCUGUGGAGGAUGGUCGCCUUUCUGACACUGGGUAUAGCGGCGGAAGUUCUUGUAGCGGUCCUCCAUCCCAUGACUACCCUACCACCUAUAAUGGCACAUAUGUAUCCUCGGGGUACUGUCCCCAGCCUGCUUCGGUUUUGCCCCCAGGCCCUCUCCACGCACUGCAGCCCACACCUACCCUGGUACCAAGCUAUAAUUCUCCCAGUUCGGUUUAUAACUAUUCUCAUCAUGCUGGCCUGGCCCCUGGCUACACUCACCCUUCCACACCCUACCUCGCUUCAGGCCUGGCUGCUCCCACACCCCUGCCUCAGCGGCCUACUGUAGUGGGAGGCAGUUACGGCUACCAGAAUCAUAAUCUGGUGGGCUCAGAGCCUGGGAGCUCAAUGAAAAGAAAAGCCUUUGAAAUGACAACGGAAGAUGAAGAGGGAGACGGCUUGCGCUACAGAAAGUACGGAUAUGAGCACGCAAGGCCUGAAGACGGCUCGCCUUACGGUGUGGGUGACAAAGAUAAGUUCCGUGGUAAUGGCCUCAGCACUGCCAGCACUGACCCCGAGGCAUUCAAGCCCGGUAAGCCCCCUUCCCAGCCGGGCCUGGGAGGAGAAGAGGUGGGCAAGUACAUUGGACUGAAACCAAUGAUUUCAUCUCCUUACGGAGGGGCAGAGGAGUACAGCCCUCCGACUGGCCUGACCGGUGAAAACGGUGGAGGGGGACAUGGCUUCCUGCCACACCAACUUUCAGGUGCACCUCUGAAGGCAGCCGACACGCGGCUCUUGAAGUUGGUGAACGAGGAGCUGCAGGACCACAGUCCCACUCCAGCCUGGGGGGAGCUGCUUGGUCACACCCACGUGAAGGCAGCACUCGAAGAAGACCUGCUGUGGCCCGCCUUGCGGCCUGGCCCAGCUAGCCCCCCACCCAGGACGGUCUUACUCUUUGGCCCUCCGGGAGGGGGCAAGACCACCUUGGCUCGCGGCCUAUCCAUUCAGCUGGGCGCCACAUUCUUCAGGCUGAGCUGUGCAACGUUGGCCUCCAAGUGGAAGGCUGAAGGGGAAGACCUCCUGCGUACGCUCUUCCUGGUGGCAACAACACAUCAGCCCUGCGUAGUGCUGCUCAGCCAGGUAGAGGCCCUGGGGGACCAGAUUCUACAGCAGCAGCUCCUGUCCCACCUGGAGGGGGUGCAGCACGGGUCAAGUGGUCCAGCCCUUGUGGUAGGCACUACAAGCAGGCCCGACCUGCUGGAGGAGGCCAUGCAGCGUAGCUUCUCCAAGCGCUACUACGUACCUCUACCCGAUGCGGGGACGCGCAAGCAAGUGCUGCUGCAGGCACUAGCACCCCAGGGCUGCUGCCUGAGUGAAGGCGAGCUGGCGCUCCUGCUGCAGCGCACUGAGGGUUUCUCCGUCCACGAGCUUCUGCAGCUCUGCCAGCAAGCCAGCUCCAGCUUCUCAGUUCCACCUCCCAGCUCCCUUCACGGCCUUGGUGUGCCCUUGGCAACGCCCACCUUCAAGGACUUUGAGAAGGCCUUCUGCAAGGUACGGCCCCAUGCCACACCCAAAGAGCUGGACACUUGUCUGGAGUGGAGUAGGAUGAACAACAACUGAGACUAGAGCAAGAAAAAGGAUUGGAUUGAAACUUCCUUUGGUCUUCUUGUACAGGGAAUGAUGUGUUGCGGGUUUUUCUGGAGAUUAAGCAGAGGUUACAACUGGAGCACCAUUAAGCCCUAGGAGAGGGAGUAGAAUUUGACUGGAGAUUAUGC